ACAGAUGAUCAGGGUCAGACUCCAGGGGGUACUGACUUGAGGGGCCGGAGCAAGGAGUGGGAACACCUCAUCACGUCAGCCAUAUGCUCCCAAAAGUCGCAACUGCUUGGCACCAAAUUAAUGAAAUUAGAAAGUAACUGAAGAAAAAAUUUAGGGGAAGUAGAUGAGAAGACUAAAAAGAAUCAUUUAGAAGACGAGACGGUAGGUUGCUUCUGUGCUCAGUUUAGUCCCCGGAGGGCAGCUGGCAUUUGCUGAGCACCAGCGAGACAACCCAGGCAGGCAGGACAUGCGGCUGCUCCCGGUUCUGUUCCUUGUCGUCUGCCAAGGCCACUUCUCCACCUGCGUGGAGAGAAUGGUGAAAGGCACAGCAGGGGGCACACUGACCGUGCGCUGUACCUAUGAGCGGGGAUGGGAACACUACAAAAAGUGGUGGUGUCGUGGGUAUGACUGGGAUUCCUGCAAAAUCCUUGUUAAAAGCACCGGGUCAGAACGACUGGUGAAGAAGGGCCGAGCAGCCAUCCAGGACAAUCACAGCCAACGUGUAUUCACCGUGACCUUGGAAAAUCUCUGGUAUGAUGACGCAGACACCUACUGGUGUGGGAUUGAGAAAGUUGGCAACGACCUGGGGUACAAAGUAUACGUGGAUGUUGACCCAGCACCCGAUCCAACAGACUCUCCCAAGCCUGUGGCAAGAACACCAGCCAGUAGAGCUUCCUUGCUUCCAUUUUCCCAGGGCAUCAACAGCCGCCAGCCCAUUGUGAUCAACCCCCAAAGCAGGUCGGGGACCUUGGCCUUCAAUGUAGCAGCAGCACAGAAUCCUCCUGUGUGGAUCCUCCUGGUACCUCCUCUCCUUGUGGCCCUCGAGUGGCUCUGCCAAGGAUAAAUAACUAUUACAUUGUUCAGGACUCUGGCCAGUGGUGGGGUUUCCAAAUGCAGACCAACCAGUAAGCAUAAAACCUGGAUUAAACCAAAAAGUUCAACGUGUGCCCACAUGGACACAGACCCCUGAUGGGCCAGCUGCACAGAAGUCCGCUGAUUCCACCUGCUGCUGUGCUGGUGCCUCCAAGAAAGAAUUCCUUCAAUGUAUAAGAUUGAAGACAGGGUUGGACCAUCACCUAAUCUUCAUCUAAUCUGUUUGCACCAUACAUUCCCUAUUAAAAAUCUUUGGCUUUCCUGAA